AUGGAUCCAAAAACAUUCACGAUUCCUCCUCCUAAAGAUAUGCAUGACUACUUUUCAUCAGCUCCUUUCACAACCCGCACGUUCAUCGAGUUUCUGCGCCGGCUCGAUUUAGAGCAGAAACUAAGAAGUGCUGAACAGGGAUCGAUCCACGGAAUUUACACGAAACUCCUGAAUUCUUUGAGCGAAAACCAAGAUCUACCACAAUUCGCUCGGGAUCAUGCAAAAAGGUUGAUGAAAGAGCUAUCUUCCAAGGAAACCGUUUCAUUUUGGGAUUCGAUAGUAGAACGUGAAAAACGUCGCGCCGUCGAGGAACAUGAUUACAAGUUGCUUGAACAAGUUCGAAACAAACAUGUCACAAUUGGUGGUUCUGACGUUGUUAGAGUGCAAAAAGAAUAUAAGGUAGACGAAGAAUCAUCGGAAGCUUCUACAGAGAAAAAGCGAAAAGACGAGGAUGACGCGACAUCGACACCACCCACAAAAAAGUCUAGGUCAGACUAUGAAUCUUCAUACUCGCCAUCUUCAUCCGAAAUGGAAAGACUACCUUCGCUAGCAACUGAUUCGGUUUUUGAUAAUGACGAUGAUGAAAGGGAUGUUCCUCAAUUAUCUGAUGACGAUAGUGAAGAAAAAGAAGAGCUGGAAUCUGAUGACGAAGGAUCAGAUAUUAUUAUCAACGAAAAUAUUCUAUCCAUUGCCAAAGCAGUCAAAUCCAAUAACUCAGAAUGGAAGUUGUCAAGCGGAGAACUCAUUAGUAAUGUCCUCUCACAAAAAACACUAAUGGUUAUAGAGAAUUCUAAAAAUAAAAGACUGACCGCUUUUACAGCAAGUGUCGUUAGUAGGCUUGGACUGUCUUCCAUCGUGGAUUUGACAUCUGAAUUUCAAAACGGCAUGUAUACCUGGUUUGGAGAAGAAUGGCCUAUCCUGAAACAAAAAGCAAGAAGUAGAAUUAACAUGCUACCAAUGAAAUUUGAAGGCCGUGUUCUUGAAAGCAUUGAGAAGAUUGAAGACUUAUGUUUAGAGUAUCGAUAUUGGGAUGUGCGAGAAUAUUUAUUAGAGCAAAUGAAAGAUCGUUCGGCUACGAAAUUCUAUCUUCAAAUAAUGAAAAUAUAUUUCACGAUCAUGGAUAUGUUCCUUAAUGAUCCGUACAUCUUUGUAGAUGAAGAUGGUAAAGGAACUAAGCUAACGGAGAUGGAAUAUGUUUUAAAAACAGUCGCACCCGUGAUGGACAUUGUAUUUUCAGACGUCAAUAAUAUUGUCAAGCUUCGAUGGGGGGAAACUGUCUCGAAGGCCAGUACUGCACUCAGGAAAAUAGAUUUGAGGAUUGAAACUCGAAGGAAAUGCAUAGAACUCAGCCAUACUGAAUGUGCCCGAGCACCAACACCUGCUAAAAUUGUUCGUGAUCGAAGUAAGAUUCUACGUACCAACAAAUGUAUUCUUGAUAAAUAUUUGAGACGGAAUUUGUCUGACCAAGAUGUUGAAAAUUCGGCAGUGUUUGCAUUUCAAUUUGCUGGAUUAUAUGGUCAACUUCUUGCUGUGGAUUUGUUUGAUAAUGGUCUGUAUUUUGGUUUGGAAGGACCAGACUUCAAGUUUCCUUCGCAAUUACCUAAUAUCAAACCUCUGCGCCAAACAUUAGAGGAACGCAUAAUCCAGAAGGUUACUGUUCUGUCACAAUUCGACACACAAUUCGACACACAAAUAAACCCAUAUAAAAAAGUUUUCCAUAUUGUUGAUGAGAAGCAACCGGAACCAAAACAUAAAAAGAUCAAAUUCAUUAGAUCAACAUAUUUCACGCCACGAGGACGCAAUCAAAAAUGA